UAUCGUAAGUAUAAUUUUCAUUGUUCGGUUAAGCAAAAUGUUUACGUGUGCGGUCAUAUUGCUGCUGAUCAUAAGCAAUGUGGAGCUAAGGCUGCUGGUCCACACAGAAGUGGGCAGCAUACAGGGUGUGCCGGCCGACGACGGGGACUAUGUCAUGUUCCUUGGCAUACCGUACGCCAGAGUCAACGCCAGCAAUCCCUUUGGGGCUUCUCUCCCUUACCCAAAAUUCAACAAGGUAUUCGAAGCCAAUGAUGAUUCAAUAAUAUGUCCCCAAUUUAUAGAAGACGACGGUAUUUAUGAUGGAACCAUUGAAUGCUUACGCGUCAAUGUAUACGUUCCCAAUACAGAUAAUGAUAAUAAAGCAGUUUUCGUCUAUAUAUUCGGAGGAGACAACAAGCACGGACAUAAAAGAAAAUCUUUGUAUGGACCCAAAUACCUGGUUCAACACGGAAUCAUUAUGGUAACUUUAAACUACAGACUCGGUCCCUACGGAUUUUUCUGCACCAACCAUCCUGAAAUAGCCGGAAAUCAAGCGUUGAAAGACCAGUACACAGCGAUUAAAUGGGUGAGGGAUAAUAUUCGGGCUUUCGGAGGUGAUCCUCAAAAAAUUACGAUAGGUGGUCACAGUUCGGGCAGCAUGUGCGUAGAUGCACAUCUAAGAACCAAGCAGCCUAGACUUUUCCAGCAAGCUAUACUGCAAAGUGGAACUGCCACACAUCCUCGAUUUAUUGUUCCUCCUAAUAAUACUGCCAUCCUGGAUAUUGCUGAUAAAUUAGGCUUCAAAACUACAGAUUUUUAUAAAGCGAUGUCAUUUUUAGCUAAAAUAAACCCAGAGUUUAUUGUAAAUAUAUCGAAAUCUAUGGAUUGGAAGGUAUGUAUAGAAAAGAAGUUUGAGGGUGUUUUCCGUUAUAUAAGCGAGCACCCUGAGGCGUCUGAAGCUAAUAAUGUUCACGAUAUGAACAUUCUGGGUGGUAUCACUAGCCGUGAAUGUAUCUUUUGCAUCUAUGGUGAUUCAUACAAGGCCCUGAUGAGUAAAUCGGAUAUAUUGGAGUACGAGUUGAACUUAAAGUUUGAUUUUAAAGAAAAUGACAAGGCAUACGAAAGAGUUCGACGCUUCUACUACGAGGAUGCUAACAACAUUGAGCAGAACACAAACGCUACAAUAGAAUUCCUCUCCGACUACGAUUUCGUCCAUCCUAUGCAGCGAGGACUGGUAAAAUAUAGCAGACGCAGGAAUACAACAGUAUUCCAAUACCUGUUUAGCUACAAUAGUGAUAGGUCGAUACAAAAUCGCAGAAUAAUGCACAACGUAACAGAAAAAGGGGCAGCUCAUACUGAGGAAUUAGCGUAUAUGUUUUAUUUCGGCGAGGAAUCAGAUAAGGCCACAGAAGAGGAAUUAGGAGUGAUGAAAAUUUUCACAAAAUUGUGGACGAACUUUAUAAAAUAUGGGAAUCCAACGCCUGUUCGCACGGAGCUGCUGCCGGUGUCAUGGCCGCCGCUGACCGCCAACACGGUGCCGUGUCUGCAGAUCGACUCCAACUUGACAGUCAUCUCGCGACCCUUCCAAAGAAACGUCGCAUUCUGGGAUCUCUUUUUUAACAUUUAUAAGAAAAACUUACGUGUGGCAUUCACAGAAAAAUCGUCCGCGAAUGUUUUAUCUCAUCACAUUUAUGCGUUUUUAAUUAGUAUCUUGUAUUUUUGUGUAAAUUAAUAAUAUUUUAUGGUUUACAAGCAGGUAUUCUAAUUCAAUUUGUAAUAAAAAUGUCGUAAUGUAAUCGAGUGGCUGUUUGUAACCAGUUA